AGAGCUAUACGUGUCCCUGACGUGUACCUAUGUUUAUGUAGUUAGUAAUCCGCAGGUCUGUUAAUAGAAAGUUCAUUCAAAACAUGAAUAAAGUCAGUCAUUUCAAGAAAAAUUCAAGUUUGGCGCCUUUCUCCCAUGUAAAUGUUGCCGCCAGUCUCGAUCAGUUGUCAGUAAGUUGGAAAGUACAGCUGAGAGAAGUGUUUUGCGGACCUCGUGGUAGUGUGACUCAUUGUAAAACGUUGAACUCUAUUUUUGUCGAAAUUUUGUAAAAAUGGAAAGUGUUAUUUCUGAUUUUCUAACAAGCACGGUGUUUGUUUUUUCGCUACUUAUUGGUGCAAGUGGUUUACUUAUACUGUACUUUAUCAAAACGUUUAAACAGGAGGCAGUUAUCGAGAAAACCAAAAACGAAAAAUCAACCGUCUAUUCCGAAAAGAAAAAAGAUUUGCCGCAGGCCGGGAAACGUAAGAAGAAGACCGUCGAAAAUAGAUGGACUGGAAAACACGACAAACAUUCGUAUUCUAAUCCAUGGCUUUUAGUUUCGCUAAAAGGUCAUACUGGAAACAUUCUGGAUAUGGACUUCAGCAGUAAUGGCAAAUAUAUGACUUCAUGUGACGACGCUGGAGCAGUUUUUCUUUGGGAUACCAAAGAUUUCAGCUCAAAGGAUAGGAAAUCUUUACGAGUCAAUAUUGAGUUCGAUCAUGCUACUCAUGUGAAGUGGAGUCCAGAUUCCAAAGCCUUUAUUAUUAACAAAUACAAUGAAAAUGCUGUCGAAGUCUAUAAAGUCGAGAAGAAGAAAGAUGGGUUUCUUACUGCAUCCAAAGCUUUUACAUUUCCAAAGCACCAUGAGACUGACAUUGUAGGAAUGGGAAUCGCAUCCAACGGAAAAUUCAUUAUAACAUGUUCAAACAAGACUGAUUUAGUUGUAUGGGACCUAAAAGGACAGAAGAUGGCGGUGCUUGAUACUUACCUUAUGAAUAAUACAUGCGCCAAAAUAUCACCUUGCGGAAAGUUUAUUGUGGUAUCAGGAUUUAGUCCCGAAGCCAAGGUGUGGGAGGUGUUCUUUAAUAAAUCUGGCGAAUUUCAAGAAGUCAAACCGAUCAAAGAGCUUACUUUGGGGGGACACACUUCCGGUGUUUACGAUGUUGGCUUCGAUGUGGAUUCAUCGCACAUGGCCACUGUUUCAAAGGACGGAUCGUGGCAUCUUUAUGACACCAAAGUUAGCUACAAGCAGGGAGAAAAUGCUCGUUUACUUAAAUCUGGACAAUACGAAAAAUCUGGCAACUAUGCACUAAUUGCUCUAUCACCAAAUGCGGAGGUCGUAGCAAUCGCUACAGCGAAUGAUGUUGCUCUGUAUUCUACUUGGACUACUGAAUUGGACCACAAGAUUGAAAACAUCUAUGAAGGUAACAUUACUGCCAUCAUGUUCGACUCAACUGGAAAAUUCCUGCUUACUGCCGGCGACAAGCAAAUCAGAGUUUUUCACAACGUUACCGGAUACAAAUGCGGCAUCGUCACUGCCAAGGAAAAACUCAAGGAACACGUUACUUCUGCCACCAAGGAACGACUCGAAAAGUUGAUCAAGGAAAAUCAAGCAUUUUUGGAUAAUAUUGUUGAUAAAUAAUCACUUUAUAAGACUGUUGUGAAUGCAGAGUGUCUUAAAAAAUAUUAAAGUCGAUCUCAAAUUUAGUUACGAUUAUUUUAAAGUAAAAGGUUUUAUCGGAAAAUUAUUUUAAAGUACAUGCAGAUACUUAAUAUUUUACAAAAUUUUCUACUUUAAAAAUUAAAGCUAGAAUAGAAUAGUUAUGUGGUUAUAUAUACACAUUUUUAUUUCUCUUCUGAGCUUUUUCAUAUUAUAUUUAUUCAUUUAAUUUUUGACCUAUUAUAUUUUCUAUAAAUUUUCAUUCAAAUGCCUGUUUCGUUUUUUUUUCUCGUCCAAAUUGUCCAAAAUAUUCAUCUGUCCAAACUAUCAAAUGGCCUUUUGUAAUAAUAGCAUAAAUAUAAUUUUCUCUCGGUCUCCAGUUGCUAUCUGAAUUCUUUGUUUAUUCUUCUAGACCUUUUUAUUUCCAUAUGCACAUUCCGUAAUUAUGCAGCAUGUUUAUGUUUCAUUUUAUAAUCGUAUGCAGGAUUUUUAUCUUUCAUGUUGUAUAUGUGUAUUUCUUGCUGAAUUUCAUGUACAUUCUCUUAUUUUUCCAUUCUCUUAUAUUCUUCUUUUUUACUCUUUUAUCCGCUUCAUGACUACAUCCUGUCUGCAAUCCUUCCUUCUUUUUUCGUGACCGAGCCAUUCUAGUCUACGUUUUUUAGCUACUCUUGAUACAUGAGGGUUGUGGUAUAGUUAGUACACUUCCUCAUUAGUUCGUCUUCUCCGUUCACUCUUCACUUACCAUUUUACCAAGCAUCCUUACUUCCCAUUAUUAUUGAACUGUUUUAUUCAUAAUCCAUGUUCCGGCAUCUUAUAACAGUGUUGUCCUAAUAACCGUUUUGUAUAUCCUUAUGUGUGUGUUGCAAUAUUAUUUUCCCUUAAUAAUUUUGCUCACAGCUCCAGCACAUAUAUUGCUCUUGGUCAAUCAAGUGAACUUCUAUUUAUUCCUUACAUGUCUCUUCAAUAAGUAUGCGCAACUACAUCGCACACCUAGUUCAAUAGUGCCACAAGUGCAAAACACAAUAUUCUCGAGAAAUGAGCAGAACGUUCUCUAGUAAACGCGUUAUGCCCUGUAAAUAAUUUAUUUUGAGAAUGACUGGCUUCAAAAUUACAAUUUAGGUAGCAAAUUAUACACUUAUUGGCUGGAUCUUAUUACAAUUUAUUAAAAAUAAAACGUAAUUAUUAUUUUGAUAGUUAUGGCGAUAUUGCAUUGUGAAAAAAGUCAUUUAUAAAACGAUACCUAGGAGAUACGGCGGCAAUAUAAUGAAAAAAUCAAUUGAUUUUUGCAGUUCUGGCCGUAUUGAAUUAUAUCGGUUGUAUUGUGGCAGUGUAAAUUAUCGCCACAUCUCUCUUGAUUUUUGCAGUUGUGGCCGUAUUGAACGUAUUGAAUUACAUCGGUUGUAUUGUGGCAGUGUAUAUUAUCGCCACAUCUACCAGUUAUGGCCAUAUUGCAUUUUCAAAACCUCCAAAAACCCUACAGUUGAAUACCGAAGUAACUUACUUUAUACUUAUCCAAAACAAUAUUUUAGUUCAGGCUGUAUUGCAUUAGAUGGGCCAUUAUAUAGGCAAUAUUUUACAGCCUUAACCCAAAAUUCGAAUUUUUUGCAGUUGUGGCACAACUGAACUAGGUGUGCGACAUAUAUUUUUUUACCUUUUCAAAUUAUAUGACGGCUCUCUGGUUUAAGUGGGUUUUAUUUUAAGCUAGUAUUCUUGCAUGUUUUUUCUUGUUUGGAGAACAACUAACCAUUAUCUUGCUCCGCCUGAAGGGUGACCUUCACCCUCUAUCUUUUCCCUGCUUGUCUCCUACCGCUCUGCCAUCACCGCUAUUUGUAUACAUACUAUAUCGUCCCAAGCGCUGCGGAAGGAAUCAUAUUGGCUUCAACAGCUCAAAUCUAAACUCCUAUGUCGCAAUUUUUUCGGAUUUCCGCUAAUACGAUCCGUUGGGUUGUAGAUAACUUCACUGGACAAACUCUUUCUUGAACGAUGCGCGAUUUGUAUCUGCUUGACAUUUGCGCACAUCAUUGCUACCUAUGGACGUAUAUUAACAUAAACUGAGCAUACCAGCCGCGCGUGCUGACAACAAGAUAUCUUGCGGUAGUUCUCUGUCUCUCUUUAGCGAAUUAAAACUCCUCACGGUCUCCCUCUCUCUCUUGCACCAACAAGAGAUACUUACUUAAUAUAAGACACAGACACAACGAAGGCGGCGUCACUUAGCUCUACAGACUGCUCAAUCUAUAGAAAAGUCAUAGAAAUAUAUUAAUACCAUUCACACCGGUCACCGAUUUUAGACGGUGGAAAUAAAAGUAGUUUUCUUUAUCUGCGGUUAUAUUUUUUGACAGAUUAUCAGCAUAUUUUCUGAUUUAUAGAUAUCUUUUGUGAAAAAUAAAGCUGAUUCUGACUCUUUGAGCUGAUUUAUAGAUAUCUUUUAGUUUUAUUCCAAACUUAACACACAUUGUGUGCCACGUCGCUCAUAUAUGAGAGACAGAUAUUUUGCCAGGGGCCACGUCGCUCAUUUUUGAUAUACACGUAUGAGGAACUUUCAUGGCCGUGGAUAUCAAUGGCCCCUGAGAGUACUAUCCCGAUUAAAGCGUGGCACGCAAUGUGUUAAUAUAAUAUUAAUUCUUCACCGUUGAACACGUAGUAUCGGUCUCCACCGGUUAGUGUAAUAAUUUAUCACGUUGUUUACUUACUUACUCCGUGGUGUUCCAACCCUUCGUGGGUUUUAGCCGACUCGACAACAUGCUUCCACUCUUCUCUGUUUUGAGCAACCUCUAUCCAAUUCUCCACGCCCAUAGCUUUCAGGUGUCCUGCUAUAUUAUCUCGCCACCGGAGUCGAGGGCGUCCGCGUUGUCUUCUUCCAGUUGGGACUUCCUCCCAUACCAGCCUUAGGGUACGUUCAUAAUGGAGAUCAUCGCAUCGUAUCUUUGCCUAGAGCAUAGUAUCGUACUCUUUAUGCUCUUAUUUAAAAUAAUGCAUUUAAUUUACCUGGCGAUCGAUAGUAUGGUACGAGCGAUACUAUGGAGCGAGAGUCGGCGCUUCGUUGUGAGCGCCCACUUACUGUUCUUUGGUCAGAAUGUCUUCUGAGGUGUUCUGUCCAUUGGAGUCUUCUGAACUUAAUUUCUUUUAUGAUGUUGCCCUCUGGGUAAAGUUCUUCCAGUUCUUUGUUAGUUUUUAUUGUAUAUUGUCCCGCUACUUCAUUAAACACAGAUCCAAAGAUCUUCCUUAGGAUUUUUCUUUCCUAAACACGUAGUCUCUCUUACAGGCGUGGAUUUAGAAAUUCAUCAUAGGGGGAGCCAGAUUUACCUCAAAUAUUAUAUUGUCCAGAUUUAGCCAUAAGACUCACACUUACUCUAAACUCUAAGGAUAAAAUACACUAUAUAAUCCCAGAUACCUACGGUAUCAAAAGGAUUGAUAGACAUCGAUUGAAAGACAAUAAUUCACGACUAUUAAUCUCACUGGUCGCUCUUUACCAACUGUAGGUGUAAAAGUGUACAGAUAAACCUUUCUACCAUCAAUGGGUAGGUACGCCUGGAUUAUCUAGUAAAAUUCAAAUUUUUAUAUCUUUAUUGUAUCGCAAAUUUGAAACGCGACUUUUCAUGAGACAAGGUUUAUACCCUGUGUAAUGUAUUUGCAUUUUAAAAUAUUAUUUUUGAUAUUCUUUAAACUGAGAAAAAUAUUUCAGUUGUUUAUGGUUCCAUCGGUACCCAAACAAAUGCGCCUGCAGUUUAUUUUUCAGAGGAGGGUGUUCUAUUAGAUUUUAUGGCUUCUUUCAAUUCUUUGGAAGCGGUUGUCGUAUAAUUUAGUGUUCUACUGAUGGCCUUAAGUUUAGAGUUGACAGAAAAAAUAAUAAUAAAAAAAUAUUUAUAGACUAAAAACAAUAGGGAGUCCAUGGACCCAUUGACCCCCCUGUAUCCGCGCCUGCUCUCUUCGUUUUCCUUUGUUUUCGUUCACGUUUCGCUUCCAUACAUGAGAACUGGGCCUCGAUUUUUGACCCUUCGCUUCGUUAUCGAACGUAUUCGCUUCUUAUCUGUUUAGUAUACGUAGCGAAUACAUUCGAUAACGAAGCGAAGGGUCAAAAAUCGAGGCCCUGGUCGUAUGAUUGUUUUAUAUACAUGUAUCGUUGUACAUCUUAUGAGUUGUUUCGAUUUUAUAAGGUUUUGAAGGGCAUAAAGACAUCUGUUGCCGGCUUGUAUCCUAUUGUUUAUUUUUUAUCCGUUAUUGUCUUUAGUUAUUGUUGUUCCAAUAUACUUAAAUUCUCUAACGCGCUCAAAGUUAAAGUCAUCGAUGGUGAUGUUCUGACCGAUUCUGUCUCUGUUUUGGUUAUUGCGGCUCAUAUCGUCUGCAAAUGCCAGUAGUAAGUUUGGUCCUUCUCGAUGAAAUACUGUAGUCGGUUUUUCGAUUCUUGCACUGCUGAUUAUGUGUUCCAGAGCUAAGUUAAAGAGUUGUGGUGAAAGUGUAUCUCCCUGUUUUAGUUCGUUGUUUAUUUCGAAUGUCUCCGAGUAUUUUUGUCCAACUCUCACCUUAUAUCGUAACCGUUCCAUAAACAUUCGUAUCAAACUGACUAGUUUUUUUGGCAAGCCAAGUUCCUGCAUCGUUGUCCACAGUAUAGCCCUGCAUACUCUAUCAAAUGCUUGUUUAAAAUCUAUGAACAUCUCACGAUCAAACUCUCAGCAUUUUCCAUUAUCUGUUUCAUUGUGAAAAUCUGGUCAAUAAUAGAGCGGCCUGGUCUAAAUUCGCAUUGAUAAUCCCCAACGAUUUCUUCUGUGUAUGUUUCGGUUCUUUCUAGCUGGAUGUUUGCAAGGACUUUGUAGGUGGUAUUUAGGAGUGUUAUUCCCCAGUAGUUAGUACAGUGAAUCCAUUCACCUUGUGGUUGUUUUUAUUUAUUAUUUAAAAUCUUUAAAAUAAUCGACAGUCUUUAAAGGAUUUGUUUAAUUACUACUUCAGGCUUCAACGUGACCUAAAAAGCUAUCAGUGUCUGUGUAAUUAAUAAUAUGAUGAAGAUGAGCGUAUCUAAUACUUUCCUUCUUUAUUGACAAAAUUCCUUUAACCAGCAUUAAAAGCUUUGACAUAACUAAUUACAAUUCGUAAUUUAUGAUCAAAUAAUCUGCAUAUACUUUAACAAAAAACAUUUCUUACGUUUGUAGUAAUUUUAAUUUUAUCUACCUCAUUUAACCAUGAAAAUAACAAUGCAACGUGUCUCCAGUAAGCAAGCACUUUCAAAGUGUUUACUGAUUCCGUAUAUGGUGUUUUAAUUAUUUUUGCCUAGUUAAGAUAUUUAUGUAUUAACAUUAGAGGUUAAACAAGUCAAUAAAGUAAACGAAGUCACGUCAUGAUAGUUUAGUGUGUUCCUCAUGGUAAUACGAUUCCAUAUAAAUUAAAUUGGUAUAUCUCCUAUUCUUAAACGGAGUGUGUAUUACAAAUUAAAUCAAAGAGAUAAAUUAAAAAUUGUUUGUUUAUGAGCAAUUAUUUGCUUUUGAUGGGCUACAAUUAUUUUUACACUGAUGGCAACUAUGGACAACAGUUAUUAGUCACUGAGACAUGUCUGAACCCUAUAAUUUUGUGACAAACAACUACAGUUAGUUUAUUAGUUCUUCAAUAGGUAAAUAUUUGGUAAUGGUUCAUUUUUGUAAAAAUUUUAGCGAUGGUAAUUUCAAUUUUAUUGUGUUGCAAAUAAAAAAAACUUUCUACGUUACAUAUUGUUGAAUCUAGACAGUUCUUCUUCUUUUGGCAUCAUAAUUCUGGAUGGAUCUUUGCGUGUCUUAUAUUAUUGGUUUUCAGGUCGUCUUCCACGUCAUCCAACCAUCUUUUUAUGGACCUUCCUUUUUUUCGUCUUCCUAUUGGUUUCCACUGUAAUAUUUUCUUUGUUGUUUUUGUAUCUUCAUGUCUCUGGACACGUCCCAGCGAUGACAAUCUUUGACUUUUCACAAAUCUUGCAAUAUCCGUGCCCUUUAUUUAAUUACUUCAUUAAUUUAGUAGUUUCUCCUUCUUCUCUAUGUACCAUCCUCCUCUUGCACCGGGCUGUAUACCUUUUUCAGUAUCUUUCUCUCGAAUAUCUUAAGUUGGGCUUCAUAUUUUUUUUCAUUACCUAGGUUUCACAUCCAUCUGUUACUAACAGGUCUUCUUUCUGUGGUCAGAUAUGUGAAGUCAUCCACACGUUCGAUGGUAUAGUCAGGGCCGUAACUACCAUUGGGGCAGUGCCCCGAGGCCCCCAGCCAAGGAAAGCCCCGCAGGGGCCCCCUUUUCUUUGGCCGUGCAUACAUUUUAACGAAGAACAUAAAAAUAUGUAUUUUAAAAGCCGACCCCAACGAAAUAUUUUCAACUGACACAAUUUUAAAAAGAUCUUACAGGGGCACCUUUGACCUCAACAUAAAGUUUUAAUUUUUCGCUGGGAAAAUUAGUAUUUUUGACUAAAAUGUAAUUGGAACGGACCUUAACAUGAAAAUUUAAAUUAUCACUUAGGAAAUUAGUUAUUUCCGCAAAAUAAAACCUAAAAUGUCAUUGGAAGAGGGGGCCCGGGCUAAGCUACAACAAGUCCAGGAAGGGAUGCCUCAGGGGAGUAUUUAAUCGCCCAUACCAUAUAACAUUUUUGUUUCAGAUUUUCCAACAGAUGUAAGAACAUUGUAGCCGAACAAUGUAAUUAAUAUUAUAGUAUCUUUUUUUAUGACAACAUAAAAGAUGUUAUAUUGAUGGUACUUGCAAAAUUAUUUAGUUUAAAAUAAGGUGAUUUCAAAUUUUUUUGUGUUGGUCUAAAAUAGCAAUAUGAAGGUACAAGAAAUUUCAGUCAUGAAAUGCAUUAAAAUGCGUUUUCAAGGGGUUAAAUGUCAAACAUUUUUCCGGAAUCCCCCUUCUGCUGGGGGCAAACCCCCCAAACUCUCCGGUAGAGGGCCCCCAGAUGACCAACAUCGUAGUUACGGCCCUGGGUAUAGUUGUCUAUUGCGAUAUUAUUUUUAUUCUCAGGUGUUCUUUGACGGUCAUGUAAGUACUUCGUUUUUAUUUCGCUUAUUUUAAGACCUCUUUUUCGUGCUUCAGGAUCAGUUUCCUUGAACGCUUCCAUUAUUCUUUGUUAAUUUAGACAGUUACUCUUUUUAUUUUACAUGUGUACUUUAUGUGGGCUACAGGUUUAAGUAAGUAAUCGUUCGAUCCACAAACUUCUCCUCUUUUCCUAAUGACAUUAAUUACUAUUGUUUGUGAUUGCUGUCCCGUUGUGAACCUUUCAUUCUUUGUCUCCACGUGUAUUUGUGGAUUUCUUUAUGUUUAUAAUAUCCAUCUGGUGUUUUUACUGAAUGUUUCUAACUCCUUCUAACCUCUUCUUAUAAAGUACCCAGUAAGAACCUCCUCGACCUCCAUAAGUGCUUAUUACUUUACCUAAUUUUUCAACAAUUAUUUUCCAUUAUGUCUCCAGUGGAGUCAUCAGUUGAACCCCACUUUUACCAGAUCUUAUCAUUGUAGUUUCAGUUCCACUGUGAUUAGGGAUUAUUCUUUUGUUGACGGCAGAUGAUUUUUAAUAUUUUUAAAUGUUUGUCUUUUGUUGAUUAUUUUAGAAACUUCUGGUUUUGCUCUCUUUUCUUUAUUGACUCCAAUGUAAAAAUUUACAUAGUUUCCGUUUAUUUCCUUUUCUUGUCGUUUCCAGGUUAUUUAGCGACUCGCUAUCAUGUUGAAUGUUGAUAGUUCAUUAUAGACCUCAGAAUCAUCUGAUGUCUUCUUCUUUUCCCAUCAAGUAUUUUGUCAAUGAAAUGAUCAUAUCUGUCGUAUCGGAGGUAAUUAUUUAACAGUCCCGAUAGAAGUCUGUGGACCUGAUGAUUUUCAUGGUGUUUUGUACGUUCAUAAGUAAUAUUGCGCUACUUCUAUAUGAAAAUUCAACUGAGAAAACCAACAAAUUUUCGACAUAUUACCCAUGCAAUAUCAUUUUUUGCACGAUUGAUCAUUUUUGACUGUUUACCGUGACAGAUUUUACGUCAGUAGGUGACAUUUACUAGCAACUCGACGGUAAGUAAUCCAACUCGACGGUAAGUACUCCAACUCGACGGUAAGUAAUUCACUUACCGACGAGUUAAAAAAUCUCUUAAUUUUAAUUUAUUUUUUGAAAGAAUAAAGAAAACUAACGAAUUAUUUAUUAAUAUUGAAACUUAUGGUACAAUUUGUUAAAUUAUUUUGCAGAAUUUCUAAAUAUGGAAUUUUAUCGUCUGGUUUAUUAACGACUGUAAAAGUACGCUGGAUGUUCGUUUUUGUAUUGGGUACUUUUACAAUCAUUAAACCAUCGGUUUGUUGGAUGUCAUGCAUAGUAAUAUUAUAUCAUUCUUCUCUUCUACAGGCACCAGAUAUUCCCAAUAUCAUUGCGACCUACAAAUUAUGAAAAAAUCUUCAUUAGAGUAUUUCUUUUACCUAAACUAGCUUAUAUUACCUUGUGAACUAGAAAUUCUUCAUCCGGUGCUUCCAUCAGAAAUUUUUCAAAUUGCUCCCGUGUAAAAAUGCUCGCUUUCUUAGGCCUAUAGCCAAUAUUUUUUCUCUUCAAAUACGCGAUCAAAGUUGAAAACUUGGAAAUAUCAAUGCCAUGAUAAAGAAAAACGGUGGAUUUAAUCAUUGAAUAUUCUGCCCAGAGGCUUCCAGGAGCUUUCAACUGCAUAUAUCUUUGAACGAAAUAUGCCAAUGGAGUCUUUUCUUCGAUUCUUAAAUUCUUGCCUUCGCACCAUUUUUUAAAACUUUGGUAGGUAUUAAACAUGGUCGUGUUUCGUAUUAAACAGAAUAAAUAUAAAUAAUUACUAUUCUGCCAACGUCCACUGCUGAUUUGCAAUUUCUAAAAUUUCCACUCAUAUUAUUACUGUAUUAGUGUAUAUUAAUAACAGUGCACCUGGCUUGCGCAUUAAACAAUGACUGAGUUUAUUUCUCAGGAGACACAACGAGAGUGGAACAAAAUGCACUGCAGUCAACAUAAACUAAGGAAAUCUACACGGAGAUUAGUCAAUUUAUUGCAAGUGAUCUUUGUUACCAUAUGGUUACAGUGGACACUAAUAGGUGUCUCACUUGCGUAUUAAACAAGGACUGAGUUAAUUUCUCAGGAGACACAACGAGAGUGGAACAAAAUGCGCUGCAGUCAACACGAACUAAGGAAAUCUACACAGAGAUUAGUCAAUUUAUUGCAAGUGAUCUUUGUUACCAUAUGGUUACAGUGGACACUAAUAGGUGUCUCACUUGCGCAUUAAACAAGGACUGAGUUGAUUUCUCGGGACACUCAACGAUAGUGGAACAGAAUGCUCUGCAGUCAACAUGAACUAAGGAAAUCUACACAGAGAAUAGUCAAUUUAUUGCAAGUGCUCUUUGUUACCAUAUGGUUACAGUGGACACUAAUAGGUGUCUCACUUGAGCAUUAAACAAGGACUGAGUUUAUUUCUCAGAAGACAAAACGAAAAUGGAACAAAAUGCACUGCAGUCAACAUGAACUAAGGAAAUCUACACAGAGAUUAGUCAAUUUAUUGCAAGUGAUCUUUGUUACCAUAUUAUAGUUACAGUGGACACUAAUAGGUGUCUCACUUGCGCAUUAAACAAGGACUGAGUUUAUUUCUCAGAAGACACAACGAGAAUGGAACAAAAUGCACUGCAGUCAACAUGAACUAAGGAAAUCUACACAGAGAUUAGUCAAUUUAUUGCAAGUGAUCUUUGUUACCAUAUUAUGGUUACAGUGGACACUAAUAGGUUAAAAAUUUCUCGUCGUGGCAUUUAAUUAACUCUCUCAUUUGCAACAAAAUAUUUAAUUGCUUAGACAUGACAUUAGAAAACCACUAUCAUAUUUAUUUCUAUUUGAUUUUUCUUUGUCAUAUAAAAUAUCUAGAUGCAACGGUUAUACCAUAAUAUAGGUAACUACCUAUUUUUUACUUUUCCAUUUUGUACUACUAUGUAACCGUUUUUUUAUUCGGUUAUACCAUAAUAUAGGUAACUACCUAUUUUUUACUUUUCCAUUUUGUACUACUAUGUAACCGUUUUUUUAUUCGGUUAUACCAUAAUAUAGGUAACUACCUAUUUUUUACUUUUCCAUUUUGUACUACUAUGUAACCGUUUUUUUUAUUCCUACGGGCAUUAUUAUAUAUUUUAUUUAUUUCCUGAGUGGUGUAGUGCCAUGAUACUUCAUUGCAGUGCACAGAGAUAUUGGUUCGAAUCCACAGCAAUGGAAACUUUAGGAUGUAAGUAAUUAUAUCUCGAAUGGAGCGCCUCCAAAGUCAAGACUGUCCAAAAAAUAUUACGUAAAAAAAUUAAGUCAUUAAUGAGAAAACAAAUGGUGCCGUCCUGGUAAUUUAUAAUAACUUAAGAGUUUUAUUCGGAAAAAAGUUAUUUUUUAAGGUCACUCUGUAUAUCAUUUCAUAUUUUGUAUUGAUGUUUAUAUAAAGUUAUUCAAGAUA